AUGACUGACUUCAAUCAGCUUCUCGGAGAGUAUCUCGACAAGACAGUUAUGGCAUUAAACAACAUUGCAACACUUACAGAAAACUUUGUUAGCAAUUGCGUUGAGAAUGGCUGCGUUCCACCACAUCCAGCAGAUAUUGCUCGCCAGAACUACUUCAAAGAAAUAACAGGAAGUGAAAUUCCAAAAUUCGAAAAGACAGAAAAGACAGAAACAAAGACAACAAAGAAACCAGCGGCAAAGAAAUCAGAAAAGACUGAAGAAAAGAAAGAAACAACAGAGAAAAAGAAUGAAAAGAAAGUAGAAAAGGAAGCAAAGAAAGAAGAACCAAAGAAUGAUGAGUAUGACCAAACUCCAGCAUCUAGCCAAACUGUAGACGAAACUCCAUCUCAGCGCCAUCGCCAUCGCCACCGCAAGCAAAAGCAAGAAUAA